AUGACAGACCCAGUGCUAGACGUCUCUGGGAAACGACGGAACCCAGAAUCAGCUGAUGAUCAAGGAAAAACUGAAGAAAAUGUUCCAUCAACCCCUACUAAACACCGUCGCAAACUCUCUACAAAUACAAUGUCCGAGAUUGUGGCUGUGGCUCCUGGGUCAGCCUUUCACAAACGACUCGCAAAUUUUGAAACUCAGACCUUAUCUGGAGGAUCUAGUACCAUAGGAACAGGUCAGAAUGCUUUUAUGAACUCAGAAUUCCCACUUCUCCAUCCUCCUCCUGCUCAAUCUUUAGAUUCGGCUAAUGAUGCAAUUGAAUAUGCCAUCUCAAUUUCUAAAUCUCCAACAAAAAAACUCCUUAAUGACAAGUAUAAUUUUGAUGUACUCUCACGAGCUUCUCCAAGAAAACAAAAACAGAUUCGUACUAGCUUCCAAAAUAGACUCCACACCCACCACCCAAAAUAUUUUACUGAACUUUCAAAACAAGCUUCAGCAUUAGUCUUAGACCGUUUAGCCUCUUCUAUCUUGCCAGUCCCCAUAGUAGGUAUGGACACUGAAUAUUCCACUCUUUACACACUGUUGCAGCGCACUGUUGCUGAAGGUGAAGGAAACUCAUGCGUCAUUCUUGGUCCACGUUCAACAGGUAAAACUCUCAUGGUCGAUACAGCUUUAAGAACACUUGAAAAACAAUACCCAUCGGACUUUAUGGUGGUGAGGAUUUCUGGGUUUGCAGUUACAGAUGACAAAAUGGCUAUUCGCGAACUAUGCAGACAAAUAGAUUCAUAUCUACAACGUGGGCCUUAUAAAAAACAAGUCAAUUAUGAAACCAUUGAAAAAAAAAGUAUUAGUGAGUGUCUGACAUCUCUUUUGACAUUACUUUAUAGCGAUGAUGAUUAUGAUGAAAAUAAGGCAAAUAGGGAAAAACCAAUUUCUGUAAUCAUUAUUUUGGAAGAAGUUGAUCGCUUUGCUACACAUUCUAAACAAACAUUAUUAUAUAACCUUCUUGAUAUGGCACAAUCUAGUAAAACUCCAAUUGCGGUUGUUGGAGUUACCCCUCGCAUCAAUACUAGAGAGCUUUUUGAAAAACGCGUGCGUUCUCGUUUUAGCCAAAGAAUAAUCACAACAAAGCGUACAAAGGAUAUAAACGAGUUUUGGAACAUUGCAAGCGCUGGUCUACGGCUGUAUCCAACAGAAUUUUCCCCAGAUACACUUUCUCAUAAUCCACAAUAUCAGAGAUACCUCAGUGGCCAGAUUCCUGAAACGGCAGCUCAUUAUACUGAAUUUAUGGAGGCUUGGAAUAAUAGUCUGGACACAUUUUACAAGGACAAAUCAAGUAAUUUGUACAAGAUCCUUGAACUUGUUUUUUUCACCACAAAGGAUGUACGUCAAUUUUAUGACCGUAUGAUUUAUCCCCUUACCCUAACAGACCCCCUCUUAUCAGACCUUGACAUUGGGUUAUUGGAGCGUGAGCAAGGUGGACUUGCAGAUACUCAAAGCUUUGUUGAAGGUCUUUCUGAACUUGAAUUGUCGCUAUUAAUUUGUGCAGCACGUGUGGAAAUUAAAUAUGGUUCAGACACGUUUAAUUUUAACGUUGUAUAUGAUGAGUACGUACAAAUGGCGACGCAGCUACAUAAAGAGCGCCGAGCAGCGCUUUCGAGACCUACAGCUGGCGGUGACUCGCGCGGCGGGUACCGCGUAUGGAGCCGUGAGGUGGCACGUGCGGCAUGGGAGCGGCUGGAGGCCAUGGAGUUGGUCACUUACAUUGAAGCAGGUUCUAACGGAACAGGCAUGGUGUUUAUUGCAGCCGAGGGUGGUGGUGGUGGUGGUGGUGGUGGUGGAGAUGAAGGUGGAGGAAGUGGUAGUCAUGGCGGAGGCAGUAGUAGCAAUAAUAACAGCAAUAGCAAUGGUGGUGGUGGAUCUGUGGAACUGACGGCGGUACAGGCGAAACCUGCAGUUGGGUCGACCAAGGGAGCGAUUGUUGGUGAUGACAUUCGGAUGGCCAAGGUAGAUGUAAGUUUGAUGGAGAUUGCAAGUAUUAUUGGUCCGGACCAUGUAUUAAGGCGGUGGACACGGCUUUAG